GAUCUGGAGCGUAACUACAGAGGGAUGUUGCGGCGUCCGAAACCCAGCGACUCUGAGGCCGACCUCCUGAAGGAGCAGCAGCGGUUCCUGAACUCUGGGGCUCCUUCUGCCGCCAGCGUGGUGCGCCGGCCUGACAAGAGGAGAGGGGAGGCAGGAGGAGGAGGAGGAGGAGGACACAACGAGGAUGUGGGGGGCAGCCAGAAGGACGUGGUCACCAUCGAAGACCUCCCAGAGCAGCUGCCCUCGCUCACCCCGGCCCCCCCCAAGAAGUCCCGCUUCAAGACGGGCCGCGUGACGUUCGAGGACGAAGACGCGGCGGAGCGGCUGGACAGACACGACACUCACCUGACCGCCGUCCUCUCCAGGAUCGUCGAGAGAGACACCAGCGCCGCUCCCAUCUCGCUGCCGGCGCUCACCGCUGUGGCUUUCCCCCGAGCUCAGCGCCGCUCAGACACCAGCAGCCAGCCGCCGGCAGCCGGAGGGAAGAAGAGCAUCUUCGCCCGUCAGAUCGCCGCCCAGAGACUCCAGCAGACAGAAGCCGUCCGUCAGAGUCCGCCUGAAGCUGCUCCGGCUGCUGAACCCCGAGGCUCAGGUCCCAGGCUGGUGUCGGGUCAGGGCCUUCAGGGGCUCCGGGGUCCAGACGGCUCGGAGGAGACCGUGAGGAUCCACCGGGAGAACCAGGCCCGGCUGCAGGCCAUGUCCCAGGCCGAGAUCCUCCAGGAGCAGAAGAGGCUGCUGUCUCAGCUCGACCCUCGGCUGGUGGAGUUCGUCAGAUCUCGUCAAGCCCAGAAGGUCCGGCCCUCCCAGUCUGAGCUCCAGGAUGAGAGCAGCAGCAGAGAUCAGCUGAUUCACAGUGAGAGCAGAGAGCCCAGCUCCUCCUGCUCCUCCGCCGCCGCCGCCGCCGCCGAGCUGCUUCACAGACACCAAGAGGUGGACAUGGACGAAGAGCAGGAGGAGGAGGAGCAGGAUGAAGGGCCGCCUCCGUCCACACUGACAGAGGCUUCUCUGCCCGUGAAGCCUCAGAAGGAGUGGCUCCACAUGGACAAGCUGGAGCCGGAGAAGCUGCAGUGGACGACGGACCUCCCGGCCCCCCGGAGGAAAGGCACCAAGCAGGCCAUGCAGGCCCGCUUCGACUUCUCGGGGACCUUGAUCCCCCCCACCGAGGACCUGCCCACACACUUAGGGCUGCACCACCACGGAGACGAGCCGGAGAGGGCGGGCUACUCCCUGCAGGAGCUCUUCUUGUUGUCUCGCAGUCAGAUCACCCAGCAGAGGAGUCUGGCGCUCUGCACGCUCGCCAGCGUCCUGUCAAAGGCGCGUGCGGGUCAGUACCGCCCGGCCCUGACGGGCAGCGUGACGUCCUCGCUGCUGGACGCCGGCCUGCUCUUCCUGCUGCGCUUCGCGCUGGACGACGGCGUGGAGGCGGUGAUGUCUGCCGCCGUGCAUGCUCUCCGUGCGCUGCUGGUCUGUGCAGAAGACGAAGACUGUCUGGACUCCACCUUCUCCUGGUUCGGCGGUCUGUCCUCGUUCCCCCUGCUGCCGUCGGCUCAGGAGGAGGAGGAUGAGGAGGACGAAGGGCUGGAGGAGAGCAUGAAGGAGACGGCGGCGGAGAAGGAGGAGAAGAAGAGCGACCACGCCGUGGCGUCGCAGGACGCCGUGAAGGGUCUGCUGAGGAUGAAGCUCCUCCCCCGGCUGCGCUACAUCCUGGAGGUGGUCCGCCCGUCGCCGCGGGUGGUCCAGGACGUGCUGGAGAUCCUGACGCGAGUCGCCCGCCACUCGUCCUCCUCGGCCAGUCAGGUGCUGGACUGCCCCCGCCUGAUGGAGACGGUGGUGUCGGAGUUCCUGCCCGCCUCCUGGUCGGCGCCGUCCUCCUGGCCCCCCCGCUGUGUGUACGGACUCCCGCUGCCCGGCGCCGUCAAGCUGCUCCGGGUGCUGGCCGCCUCGGGCCGCCACGCCUGCGCCCGCCUGCUGAACGGCGUGGGCGUGAGGGAGCGCCUGUCCUGCCUGCUCGGCGCCGACCCCGCCCAGCUGCUGCUGGAGCGCGGCGAGGCGCUGCGGCUCUGCGUCGAGGCCCGCCGCCUCUGGGCCGUGGCGGCGGCGUACGGCCAGGCCUGCCAGCUGUACCUAGACUUGUACCCGGCCGUGGUGAAGGAGCUCCAGGCCGUCCACCAGCUGGCCCGCCCCCCGGACCCCCUGCUGCCCCUGCAGCUGCAGGGGGUCCAGGCCCUGCUGGUUCUGCUCACUCAGGUCACACACACCGCCGGCUGCCAGGAGGAGCUGCAGGCCGCCCUGCUCAGCUCUCAGGGGGACCCGUGCCCCCCUCCGCCCCCGGUGUCCUGGAGCCAGGUCUCGGGUCUGCGGGCGUCCCUGACCGGGAGCCUGAAGGGCCUCAUCAGAGGCCUGGACGACCCGGCGCAGAGGGACAGCAGCCUCGCUCUGAUCCCCGCCUACCUGCUGUACCUGCAGGCCCACUACCAGCAGCUGUCCAGACAGAGCUGCUUCGGGCCGGUGGAGGCUCUGCAGGAGGUGGAGCUGCUGGCGUCGGAGGUGCUGCUGCCGCUGAUGAGCCACGGCGCCGUUCAGGGCCUGAUGCAGGACCUCCGCUCGUCCUCGGCGGUGUGCGGCGCCGUCCACGCCGGUCCGGAGCUUCCUCCCAGCCUCCCCGGCCUGGCCUGCUCCGGAUGGAGGAGCCGCCCGGGGCCGGCGGCGCCCGGCUCCCCCUUCCCCCUGCUCACCGGGCUGGUCCUGCUGCUGGACACCGUCACCGGGAUCCACAAGGCCCUCUGCAGGAAGUUCUCCGGCCUCCUGCUGUCUGCUCCGGUGAUGGACUACCUGCAGAGCUGCAGCCGGGCGAGGCCGGCCAUGACCCACAGCACCGUGUGGCUGCUGCGGCACGAGCACCACCUGCUGUACCUGCUGCUGCGCCUGGCUCACCGGCUGGUGCCGCUGGAGCCUGAGGUGUCCAGACACGCCGGGCUGUUCCACCAGGUGGCGCUGGUCCUCCUGCCGUGGCUGCUGCCCGGCAGCGAGUUCCUGGCUCACGAGCUGCUGUCGGCCCUCAUCUUCAGCAGAGACUUCAUCCUGGAAGGCGGCAGCGGCGGCCCCGAGGCGGUGGAGCUGGGGGAGCUGAAGCUGGACGGGGGGCCGCCGGGCGGCGGCUCGCUGGGCCCCCUGCUGAGGGAGGCCUGCCUGCAGCUGCCCUCCAUCCGCGGCUGCUUCCUCACACACCUGGCGCACCUGGAGCCGGCCGUCCUGGCGUCGCGGGACGCCCUCCUGGGCCGGCCCCCCCGGGUCUCCUCCCUCCUCCUGCCGGAGCUCAGCGGGCCCGCCGUGCCGUCCGACUGGCCCUUCCUGCCGCUGGUCGGCCUGUACGAGCGCACGGAGAUGGGCGGGGCCGGGGGCGGGGGCGGGGCCGGGGGCCUGGCGGUGGAGGAGCUCCCUCCGGGGGCCCUGCAGGCCGUGACCCACUGUCUGCAGUGGCUGCUGCUGCUGGAGGUGUGGAGGGAGGAGGCUCUGCAGGCCGUCCCCCCGGUGGCCAGGCUGGCCCGCCUGUCCUGCGUCUUCCUGUGUUCCAGUGACCUGUUCCUGGAGCGUCCGGUCCAGAGACUCGCCUGGGCUCUGUUCAGGCUGAUGACCAGGGGAUCCCGGCUGGACUCGUUGGACCUGGGCGCGCCCCCCCCGGGGCUGGCCUCCUUCCAGGACCUGUACUCGGCGCUGCUGUCGCAGUACGAGGCCGUCUCCUUCGGGGACCGGCUGUUCGGCUGCUGGCUGCUGCUCCCGCUGCAGAGGCGGUACAGCGCCGCCAUGAGGCUGGCCGUGUUCGGCGAGCACGUGGGCGUGCUGCGGUCUCUGGGGGUCACGCCGGAGCAGCUGUCCGUCCCUCUGGAGCGCUUCACCGCCCCGCCGGAGGACUCCCUCCCCCUGCUGCAGCUCUACCUCCGCGCUCUGGUCACCGGCGCCCUGAGGCCCAGCUGGUGCCCCGUGUUGUACGUGGUCGCUCUGUCUCACGUCAACGCCUUCGUCUUCUCUCAGGACGCCGCGGCGCAGGAAGUGGAAACGGCUCGACACAGCAUGUUGAGGAAGAUCUACUACCUGACUGAUGAGGUCCUGAGGAAACACUUGCUGUUCUUCCGACUGCCUCAGCAACACUCGCAGCUGGGCUUCGACAUGUACGACGAGCUGCCUCCCAUCAGGACCCGGCGUCUGGAGAGCGUCGUCAAGCCCAAGGACGGCGGCCAUAACUGAAGAAACGGGACAGGAAGUAGAAAAUACUGAUAAGGAAGCGUCGGUCGAGGAAAACAUGGAAGAUUUCACUCCUGAUGCUAAACAGGAAGCGUCUCGGACCACAAACUUCCUCUCCUUUCUUUUUUAGCCUGUUUGAUGUAUUUUACAGUCUGUUGACGUCUGACCAGACGUUGAAAGUGAAAGGCGGACGCGAACUCUGACCUUCUCUCGUCUUUCAAUGUGACUCCAGAGCUUCUCCAUCCCUCCUCACCUUUAGGAACGACACUUCCUGGCGUCUCCUCAAGUGCCUGAAAUGAUCGUGAUCUGUGUGAAUAAACGAUGACUGGAUGAUGACGAAGGGUUGUGUUUCAGCGUCUGGAUCCCAGAACCUGGACUAUGAUCCUGGAAGUUUGACUGCAGUCCAAGGUUUCAGAGUUUCUUGGUUUCUCAUACUUCAUAAUAAUGAAAGCAAUUCAAAAUCACUCCAUACUGGAUAAAAACAACACACUUGGUUAAUAUGAGCCGUAAAGAUGUCGUUCUCACUGAAUCAUUGAAGCGAACUGAGCCUCUUAAAAUGAUUGUCUGUACCUUUAUUCAGCCUGUCUUGGUUUUUUUAAAAUAAUGAAAUAUGCUACUAAAUGCAACUAGAACAAAUUUGCAGUUCCUGAAGAAACUGCAAGUGUGAAUGCUGAGCUG